AUGAUUGAAGAUCAUUGGUGUGGCACUCCUGCAGGACACGGUGCCACACCAUCUGGGGGCCCACAUGGCUGUGCCACACCAUCUGGGGGCCCACAUGGCUGUGCCACACCAUCUGGGGGCCCAUAUGGCUGUGCCACACCAUCUGGGGGCCCACAUGGCUGUGCCACACCAUCUGGGGGCCCAUAUGGCUGUGCUACACCAUCUGGGGGCCCACAUGGCUGUGCCACACCAUCUGGGGGCCCAUAUGGCUGUGCUACACCAUCUGGGGGCCCACAGGGCUGUGCCACACCAUCUGGGGGCCCACACGACUGUGCCACACCAUCUGGGGGCCCACAGGGCUGUGCCACACCAUCUGGGGGCCCACAGGGCUGUGCCACACCAUCUGGGGGCCCACACGACUGUGCCACACCAUCUGGGGGCCCACACGACUGUGCCACACCAUCUGGGGGCCCACACGACUGUGCCACACUGCUUCAUAUUGUUGUCAAGAGUGCCACUAACUCAGGUCAUAUUUGUUUCUUCAAAACACUGUGUGUUGCGAAGUAG